GCCCGGCCCGGCCCGGCCGAGCCCCCGCUGCAGGGUGAGCUCGGAGCCCCGCUGCCCGCAGCGCCAUGGACAGCUUCCUGGAGGAGGAGGAGGACGAGGAGGCGCCGGCGGCGGUGGGGAAGAGAAGGAGGAGGAGCAGCCCCGGCGCCCCGGCGGCCCCGCAGCCGCCCCUGCGCCUGCCCUUCCUGCCGGAGCGGCCGGUAUCUUCCAACGAACACAAGUUAAACUUCAGGAAGAGUAAGGAAGCAUGUUUAAGUUACGUUCAGGAUGCCUUACUCCAAAAGCAGUGGAAAAGGGCUGCAGAGUUCCUGACCUGCUAUGUUGAGUCGCUAGAAAAGGACUAUUCCAGAGAACACAUUAGUCCAUCAGAGAUGAUUUGGAGAAUAGGAACUGAAAUUUUGUGGCAUCAUUCCCAAAGCAGCAUGAAAGAGUUCAACUGUUUCAUAGAACAGAUGAAAACUUUAGGAGUAAAAAGGUUCUUGAAGGUCUGCUUGGAGCAUGUCUUUCAUCUUCUCUGUAAUGGGCAAAUAGAUGAAGCCUACCAGAACCUGUCCCUGGCAGAAAGCUGGAGGUUUGGAGAGCAAACAGCCAUUCAGGAUAAGGAAAUGAAGCUGAUUCAGGCUUACAGAGGACUCUUGGACUACUAUAGCUGGUCUAAGCAAAAGAAUAUCCUGUUAGAGCAUGGUGAGGAUGGAUUUUCAGACUUGGCUGUUGAGCAGGAAAUGCACGGUUACUUUCGGAAGGCAGCAGUGAACUUGAAGGAGAUUAUUAAAAUACCUGGAGUCUGGGACAUCUUUGUGAAAAGCUAUGUGGAUUUGUUGGAGUUCUAUGGAGACCACAACGAGGCCCACCAAGUGUUAAAUGAAUAUGCCUACAACUCCAAGUUCCCUGCUAACCCCAAUGCUCAUGUCUACCUCUAUCAGUUCCUCAAGAGGCAGGGUGAAUCCAAGAAAUCCCUCAUAUCUGCACUGAAGAUCUUGCAUGAUAUUGUUCCUUCUCAUGAACUGAUGAUAGAUUUUAAUACCAUGCUUCAAAAAUCAAAGAAAAGAAAAAAACGUCGGCUGGGCCUAGAAGUUAUUUUUACAGCCUUGGAUUAUGCUGGCUGGAAAGAAAAUGCAAAAGCAUGGAGCUGUUUGGCAAGACAGGUGAAACAAAUUGUAAUCUCUGAGAAGCAUCUUGACUGGAUCAAGCAAGAGUGGAGCUCCAGGAAGGACUGGUGGCCAGCCUUCCAUUUUAGCCGUUACUUGGCAAAAAGGAAUUGGCAGGAAAAUAAAAGCCUUUCAUAUGAAAAAGCCCUGGUGGCUGGACUCCUACUGGGAAAGGAUUGCAAAUACUUUAAAUAUGUAUCACACCAAGGCUGCAAAGCUCAGUUGAAAAGGUUUCGGAUGCUGAAGAAGUUUGUGAACAGGCACAAUCUUGUCUACAUGAGAAUAUCUGGUCCUCCAGAUUCCUCUGUUCAGCCUUGAUGAGGUGGUGUCCUUAAGGUUCUUGGUGUACUUUUUCCUCUCUGUAAAAUGGACUUCUGUGUUGGCUACUCCAAAACUUCUAGGCAGACCCUAUUGAC